AUAUCAUCAUUGAAAUUUAAUAUAUUUUUUAAAAACUGUUUCACCAUAUUAGAUUUUCCUAUAUAUAUAUAUAGGAAAUGUAUAUGGAAGUACUAUCUCCAAAGUAACUAAAAAUGGGUGAAACAAAGUUGAGUGGCUUGAAGGAUAAAAGAUGGUCACUACAGGGUAUGACUGCAUUAGUGACAGGAGGAACUAGAGGCAUUGGAUACGCAAUUGUGGAAGAGUUGGCAGAAUUUGGAGCAGGUGUGCAUAUAUGUGCACGUAAUGAAGAUGAUAUUAAUAAGUGUUUGGAAGGGUGGAAAAACAAGGGGCUUAAUGUAACAGGAUCAGUAUGUGAUAUACUCUCUAGUGACCAACGUGAAAAAUUAAUGGAAACUGUUUCUUCUAUCUUUAACGGAAAGCUCAAUAUUCUAGUAAACAAUGCUGCAAAACCUACGAUGAAGAAAAUAAUAGAGAAUACUGAUGAAGAUAUAACAACUACAAUUGGUACCAAUUUUGUGUCCGGUUACCAUUUGUGUCAACUUGCAUACCCACUUCUGAAGCAAUCCGGAUAUGGGAGUGUAGUAUUUACUUCAUCCAUUGCAGGUUUAAAAGCAAUUCCUAUUUUAUCUGUUUAUGCAGCCACAAAAGGAGCGGUGAAUCAAUUCACAAAGAAUUUGGCAUUAGAAUGGGCAAAGGAUAAUAUUCGUGCAAAUGCUGUGGCACCUGGUCCGGUCAGGACAGCACUUUUGGAAUCUGUCAUGAAUGAUUCUAAUGAAGGGGAUGAAGCUAUAGCUGGUAUAGUGUCUCAAACACCUACGGGUCGUAUGGGAGAGACUAAUGAGAUAUCAGCACUAGUUGCUUUUCUUUGUCUUCCUGCUGCAUCACAUAUCACUGGACAAGUUAUAGCUGUUGAUGGAGGUUACACUUGUUAGAUUAAUGAUAUUAAUGUAUUUGGCAAACAAUGAAGUACUAGCUCCUCAUUUCCUAGCUAGCUGAAUAAAUGGAAUAAUUUAUCCAUUUACAUUUUAUGUUUUUUAUGAAUCUUGCUUUACAUUGUUGAUUUGGACCUCCGUCGUCAUUGUUAUUUGAAUAUAAUUUGCUUGUUUAGUUUUAUGAUAUCUACUCUUCAAAUUUACA